UCCGGAAGUGGAUGAAGCUCCGUGCCCGUCUCCUCUCCGACCUCAUAGAUAUAUAUCUAUGUAUAUCUAUGUCCGACCUCUCCUCCCUGAAUAUGAGGCUGUUUUCAGGGGUCACGGGACCGAACACACCUUUAUAAGCAUCGUCUCACCUGCAGCUCCACCAUGAACUCUAAAUCCUCUGCCUCUCUGCUCAGACUCUCCUGGUCUGGGUUCAGACUUUAUGCAUCCACAUCUCUUCAGUCUGGUUUCCCGUCUGUGAGCCGAACACCAGCAGCCUCCACUCGUCUUCCUCACGUCUCCUGUGAACGCCGCUUCUCCAGCAACGUCAAAGUGAGAUCCUACCUCCAGUACGUGAAGCGGAAGAUCAUCCCCCCUCCCAGUCCUCCGUACGGUCACGUCUGCCAGGUGGGCGACCCGGUUCUCCGCUCCCAGGCGGCGGCCGUCGACCCUGCAGCUGUGACGGGUCCGGAGGUCCAGAAGGUCAUCGGCACCAUGGUGAAGGUGAUGAGGAGGCUGGAGUGUGUCGGGCUGAGUGCGCCUCAGAUCGGGGUGCCGCUGCGGAUCCUGGCCCUGGAGUAUCCGGAGAGGAUGCUGGAGGACGUCUCUCCGUCCUCCAGGGAGGUCCGAGGUCUGUCGGUGCAGCCGCUCAGGGUGUUCGUCAACCCCCAGCUGAGGGUUCUGGACGGACGGACGGUCCAGUUUCAGGAGGCCUGUGAGAGCAUCUCCGGGUUCUCUGCCACGGUUCCUCGCUACCUGUCUGUGGAGGUGUCAGGUCUGAAUGAAAAAGGUGAACCCGUGUCGUGGCAGGCCAGCGGCUGGUCGGCUCGGAUCCUCCAGCACGAGAUGGAUCAUCUGGACGGCGUCCUCUACAUCGACCGCAUGGACAGCAAGACCUUCAUCAACAUCAACUGGCAGAAGCACAACGAGUAGAGACGAUGACAGACCGACGAAGGGACGGUUUUAGCUGCUCAGUCAUUGUGAACCGAUCUUUAAAUGAUGCUGUGAUCGCAGAAAACCUCCUUAAAAUGGAAGCUGACGGAGAAGAAUGAUCUUCUGUGGACCUCAGGCGUGUAUUUGAUGAAUAAAACUCACAUGUUGCUCCAGUCAUCCUCCAGGCCACCAUAAAGACAGGACGUGUUAGAACAAGUUCAGACGUGAUCCAGGAAAACAAACUUGUCGUCUGAAUUAUCUUAUUGUUCAAACUUGGUUUUCAUUCAACAUUUAGAAUUUUGCAAUGGAGUAAAGUCUUAUUGCCAAAACUA